AUGGUUUAUGCUAUGAUUUCUAUUGGUUUAUUUGGUUUUAUUGUUUGGGCUCAACAUAUGUUUACUGUUGGUAUGGAUGUUGAUACUCGUGCUUAUUUUACUGCUGCUACUAUGGCUAUCGCUGCUCCCACAGUAAUUAAAAUUUUUAGUUGUGGAUUAAAUGGUAUUGUUCUUUCAAAUUCUGGUUUGGAUAUUGUUAUGCGUGAUACUUAUUAUAUUGUGGCUUAUUUACAUUAUGCUUUGAGAAUGGGGGAUGUAUUUAGGAUUUUGUCUGUUCUUGAUUUCCCUUAUUUACUGGUUUAG